CUUUAUAUUAUUUGGGUCUAUUAUGAAGGGUGUUGUUUCCCUAACUUCUUUCUCAGUUGUUUCUCUUUUGUGUAGAGGAAGGCUACUGAUUUAUUUGAGUUAAUUUUAUGUCCAGCCACUUUACUGAAGUUGUUUAUUAGCUUUAGUAGUUCUCUGGUGGAACUUUUGGGAUCACUUAAAUGUACUAUCAUAUCAUCUGCAAAUAGUGAUAUUUUGACUUCUUCUAUUCCAAUCUGUAUCCCCUUGACCUCCUUUUGUUGUCUGAUUGCUCUGGCUAGAACUUCAAGAACUGUAUUGAAUAAGUAGGGAGAGAGUGGGCAGCCUUGUCUAGUCCCUGAUUUUAGUGGGAUUGCUUCAAGUUUCUCUCCACUUAUUUUAAUGUUAGCAAUUGGUUUGCUGUAUAUGGCUUUUACUAUGUUUAGGUAUGGGCCUUGAAUACCUAUUCUUUCCAGGACUUUUAUCAUGAAGGGGUGUUGAAUUUUGUCAAAUGCUUUCUCAGCAUCUAAUGAAAUGAUCAUGUGGUUCUGUUCUUUCAGUUUGUUUAUAUGAUGGAUCACGUUGAUGGUUUUCCGUAUAUUAAACCAUCCCUGCAUGCCUGGGAUGAAGCCUACUUGAUCAUGGUGGAUGAUUGUUUUGAUGUGCUCUUGGAUUUGGUUUGCCAGAAUUUUAUUGAGUAUUUUUGCGUCUAUAUUCAUAAGGGAAAUUGGUCUAAGUUCUCUUUCUGUGUUGGGUCUGUGUGUGGUUUGGGUAUAAGAGUAAUUGUGGCUUCAUAGAAGGAAUUUGGUAGUGCUCCAUCUGUUUUAAUUUUGUGGAAUAGUUUGGAUAGUAUUGGUAUGAGGCCUUCUAUGAAGGUCUGAUAGAAUUCUGCACUGAACCCGUCUGGACCUGGGCUCUUUUUUGUUGGGAGACCUUUAAUGACUGCUACUAUUUCCUUAGGAGUUAUGGGGUUGUUUAACUGGUUUAUCUGUUCCUGAUUUAACUUCGGUACCUGGUAUCUGUCUAGCAAAUUGUCCAUUUCCUGCAGAUUUUCAAGUUUUGUUGAACGUAGGCUUUUAUAGUAAGAUCUGAUGAUUUUUUUAAUUUCGUCUGAAUCUGUAGUUAUGUCUCCCUUUUCAUUUCUGAUUUUGUUAAUUUGGAAACACUCUCUGUGUCCUCUAGUUGGUCUGGCUAAGGGUUUAUCUAUCUUAAUGAUUGUCUCAAAGAACCAUCUUUUGGUUCUGUUGAUUCUUUCUAUGGUCCAUUUGUUUCUACUUGGCUGAUUUCAGCUCUGAGUUUGAUUAUUUCCUGCCUUCUACUCCUCCUGGGUGUAUUUGCUUCUUUUUGUUCUAGAUCUUUUAGGUGUGCUGUCAAGCUGGUGACAUAUGCUGUUUCCUGUUUCUUUCUGCAGGCACUCAGAGCUAUGGGUUUUCCUCUUAGCACAGCUUUCAUUGUGUCCCAUAAGUUUGGGUAUGUUGUACCUUCGAUUUCAUUAAAUCUAAGAAGUCUCUAUUUUCUUUCUUUAUUUCUUCCUUAACUAGGUUAUCAUUGAGUAGAGCAUUGUUCAACUUCCACGUAUAUGUGGGCAUUCUUCCAUUAUUGUUAUUGAAGACCAGAUUUAGGCCGUGGUGGUCUGAUAGCACCCAUGGGAUUAUUUCUAUCUUUCUGUACCUGUUGAGGCCUGUUUUUUGACCAAAUAUAUGGUCAAUUUUGGAGAAAGUACCAUGAGGACCUGAGAAGAAUGUAUAUCCUUUUGCUUUAGGAUAGAAUGUUCUAUAAAUAUCUGUUAAGUCUAUUUGGUUCAUGAUUUCUCUUAGUCUGUCUACGUCUCUGUUUAAUUAGUGUUUCCAUGAUCUGUCCAUUGAUGAGAGUGGGGUGUGGAAAUCUCCUACUAUUAUUGUGUGAGGUGCAAUGUGUGUUUUGAGCUUUAGUAAGGUUUCUUUUACGUAUGUAGGUGCCCUUGUAUUUGGGGCAUAGAUAUUUAGGAUUGAGAGUUCAUCUUGGUGGAUUUUUCCUUUGAUGAAUAUGAAGUGUCCUUCCUUAUCUUUUUUGAUGACGUUUAGUUGGAAAUUGAUUUUAUUUGAUAUUAGAAUGGCUACUCCAGCUUGCUUCUUCUGACCAUUUGCUUGGAAAGUUGAUUUCCAGCCUUUCACUCUGAGGUAGAGUCUGUCUUUGUCUCUGAGGUGUGUUUCCUGUAGGGAAUGCAGGGUCCUCAUUGCAUAUCCAGUGUGUUAAUCUGUGUAUUUUUAUUGGGGAGUUGAGGCCAUUGAUGUUGAGAGAUAUUCAGGAAUAGUGAUUAUUGCUUCCUGUUAUGUUCAUAUUUGGAUGUGAGGUUAUGUUUGUGUGCUUUUCUUCUUUUUGUUUUGUUUCCAAGACGAUUUGUUUCUUGCUUUUUCUAGGGUGUAGCUUGCCUUCUUAUGUUGGGCUUUACCAUUUAUUAUCCUUUGUAGUGCUGGAUUUGUAGAAAGAUAUUGUGUAAAUUUGGUUUUGUCCUGGAAUAUCUUGGUUUCUCCAUCUAUGUUAAUUGAGAGUUUUGCAGGAUAAAGUAACCUGGGCUGGCAUUUGUGUUCUCUUAAGGUCUGUAGGCCAUCUGUCCAGGAUCUUUUGGCUUUCACAGUUUCUGGUGUGAUUCUGAUAGGUCUGCCUUUAUGUUACUUGACCUUUUUCCCUUACUGCUUUUAAUAUUCUUUAUUUUGUGUGUUUGGUCUUUUGACUAUUAUGUGACGGGAGCUGUUUCUUUUCUGGUCCAAUCUAUUUGGAGUUCUCUAGGCUUCGUGUAUGCUUAUGGGUAUCUCUUCCUUUAGGUUAGGGAAGUUUUCUUCUAUGAUUUUGUUGAAGAUAUUUACUGGUCCUUUGAGCUGGGAGUCUUCACUCUCUUCUAUACCUAUAUCCUUAGGUUUGAUCUUCUCAUUGAGUCCUGGAUUUCCUGUAUGUUUUGGACCAGUAGCUUUUUCUGCUUUACAUUAUCUUUCACAGUUGAGUCGAUAGUUUUCUAUAGAAUCUUCUGCUCCUGAGAUUCUCUCUUCUAUCUCUUGUAUUCUGUUGGUGAAGCUCGUAUCUACAGCUCCUUGUCUCUUCUUUUGGUUUUCUAUAUUCAGGGUUGUUUCCAUGUGUUCUUUCUUGAUUGAUUCUAUUUCCAUUUUUAAUUCCUUCAAGUGUUUGUGUUUUCCUGGAAUCCUUUCAGGGAUUUUUGUGAUUCCUCUCUGUAGGCUUCUACUUGUUUAUUUAUGUUUUCCUGCGUUUCUCUAAGGGAGUUCUUCAUGUCUUUCUUGAAGUCCUCCAGCAUCGAUCAAAUAUGAUUUUGAAACUAGAUCUUGCUUUUCUGGUGUGUUUGGAUAUUCCGUGUUUGCUUUGGUUGGAGAAUUGGGAUCCGAUGAUGUCAUGUAGUCUUGGUUUCUGUUGCUAGGGUUCCUGUGCUUGCCUCUCGCCAUCAGAUUAUCUCUAGUGUUUCUUUGUUCUGCUAUUUCUGACAGUGGCUAGACUGUCCUAUAAGCCUGUGUGUCAGGAGUGCUGUAGACCUGUUUUCCUGUUUUCUUUCAGCCAGUUAUGGGAACAGAGUGUUCUGCUUUGGGGCGUGUAGUUUUUCCUAUCUACAGGUCUUCAGCUGUUCCUGUGGGCCUGUGCCCUGAAUUCACCAGGCAGGUCACUUGGAGCAGAAAAGUUGGUCUUACCUGUGGUCCCAAGGCUCAAGAUUGCUCGUGGGGUGUUGCUAAUGAUCUCUCCUCAGGGGCAGCAACCAGGCGGACCUGCGCUGCCCUUUCCGGGAGCCCCCCGUGCACCAGAGUCCCAGAUGGCGUUUGGUGUUUUCCUCUGGAGUCAGAGAUGUGGGCAGAGUGCAGUCUCUUCUGGUUUACCAGUCGUGUCUGCCUCUCUGACGGUUUAGCUCUCCCUCUCCCAGGAUUUGGGUGCAGAGAACCGUUUAUCUGGCUGGUCCCUUCAGGUUCCUGCGGUGUCUCAGACGCAGUGGACCUGCUGCUCCUGUGCCCUUAUCUACGGGAACCCAGAGACCGUUUCCUCUUGGGCCAGGGAUAUGGGCAGGGGUGGGCAGUGUUGGUGGUCUCUUCUGCUCUGCAGUCUCAGGAGUGCCCACCUGUCCGGGCGGUGAGCUCUGUCUCCCACGGGGUUUGGGAGCAGUGAGCUGGAGGCAGGGAGCACGAGAUUCGGACUCCCGCUAAAAACUGGAAGUGUCCGGUCCUCCCACGGGGUUUGGGAGCCAUACAUCACUUUCUUUAUUCAUUGUUCAGUAGAGGCACAUCCAGGUUGUUUCCAGAUUCUGGUUAGUAUGAACAAAGCUACUAUGAACAUAGUUUGACAAGUGGUUCUUUGGUACAGUGUGACAUCUUUAUGACUACACACCCAGGAGCGUUAUAGCUGGCCCUUGAGGUAGAACAGUUUUUUUCUCUCAGUUUUGUGAGAAACCACCCAAUUGAUUUCCAAAGUUGUUGUUCAAAGUUUCACGUCCAUCAGUGAUGGAUUAGUGUUCCCUUUGCUCCACAACCUGCCAGCAUUCACUCUCACUUGAGUUUUUCAUCUUUGCUUUUGUGAUGGGUGUCAAAUGACAUGUCAGAGUGGUUUUGAGUAAGCAGCUCUUGGUUUUGUUCAUUCUUUGUAUUGUUUCCCAUGUUUCUAUGUUUAAUUUUCAUACCAUCUUCUCUUGAGCGUGUAUGCUUGUUUUUAUUUUUAAUAUUGCAUAUGUGCUGAUUAGCUGCUAUUAUGAAAUCUCUCCAUUUCUUUUGAAGGGACAUAGUGUUAUGAACUUUCCUUUUGCACUGCUUUUAUUGUGUUCCCUAAGUUUGUAUGAUUUGUGCCUUCACUUUCAUUGAAUUCUAGAAAGACUUUUCUUCUUUCAACAGUGGUCACUUAGCAUAGAGUUGUUCAGUUUCCAUGAGAUUGUAGGCUUUCCAUUGUUUUUGUUGUUGACAUAGUCCAACUUUAGUCCAUGGUGACCUUAUCAGACACAAAAGCAUUUUGGUGUUCUUUUGUUGUUGUUGUUUUUGUAUUUUCUUGUAUCUGUUGUAGAUCUGUAUCUGUACAUGUUCAAUUUUGGAGAAGGUUCCAUGAGGUGCUGAGAAGAUACAUAUUUUUUUAUUUGAGUGACAGCUUCUAUAGAUAUAUGUUGUUGUAAAAAUAUUAAAAUAAAAAAGUAAAAGUUGUCUUUUACCCCGCUAGGUCCGCACCUCGGUGCCCCAAGAUAUCUGCUAGAUAUCUUGGCGGAAACACAGCCCAGCCGCACAUUUUCCUACACUCAAACCCUCACAUAAAAGAACACACAACACAAUAAUCUUUGAUCCAAUUGGUAAGGUAUAGUUGCCACUUAAACAUACAAGGCCUGGUACCAUCCAUCCCUUAGGAAGAUUGAUAACAACCUGUAAAUACACAGAGCAGAAUCUUAACAUCACCUGCCAUGGCUCCUCCCCCCUCUCUCUCCUCUUCUCUGUGUUAAUCCCCUUCUCUUCCUUCAAGCUUCUCUCCUGCCCAUCCUUGCUUCUCCUCCAGUGUCAGGUCUCCUACUAUCCUGUACCUGCCCCUCACCUGUAUUUUACAAAUUCAAUGGGGAGGUGGUUCUGGUGAAGUCAUCUGAGUUCUGAGUAUGUGACUAGGCAGCUGUCCUUGGGGCAGUGGAAUUAGCAUCAAAAUACAGAAACUUCAGGGCAAACCACCACAGAUAUCUGUUAGGUCCAUUUGAUUCAUGUCAUCUACUAGUUGCAUUACAUUUCAGUUUAGUUUCUCUUUUGGUGACAUGCCUGUUGGUCAUUAACGUGAUAAUAUGUAGGUGAUGUCCCCUACUAUUAAUGUGUGGAAUUGGAGGUGUGGUUUAAGCUUUAACAAAAUUAGUAAAUGUUUCUUUUGUAAAGGAGGAUGCACUUGUAUCGCAAGCAUUGAUGUUUAGAAUUGAAGCACCAUCUUGUUGGAUUUUCCUUUGAUUUAUAUGCAGUGUCCUUUCCCAUCUCUUUUAAUUAUUUCUCAUUGAAAGUCUAUUUUACCAGAUAUUAGAUUGGCUGCUGCAGCUUGACUCUUGGGUCCAUUUGCUUUACAGACCUUUUGUCCAGUCCUUUAUUCUGUGGCAGUGAUUAUCUUUGUGGCUGAGUUGCAUUUCUAUAUGCAACAGAAUUAUAGAUUCUGUUUAUGCAUCUACUCUCUUAGACUAUGUCUUUUUAUUUGGUAAGUGAAUCUGUUCCUGUUCAGAGAUAUUAAUAAUUAAUGAUUGCUUUUACUUGGUAUUUUGAUUUUGGUUUGCAUGUGUUUCUCUUGGUUGGUUUUACUAUGCGAUUAUUAGUUUCUCGUGUUUCAUUGAGUUCAGUUACUCUCCUUGUCUUGGAGUUUUGCUUGUAGCAUCCUGAUUAGUGAUGGGUUAGUAGAAAGAUAUAGUUUGCGUUUGGUUUUGUCACAGAAUAGCUUUUUACUCCAUCUUGAGUAAAAUUGAUUGAAAAUUUUGCUAAGUAUUGUAGUCUGGGCUGACAGCUAUAGUCUCUUAGGGUCUGUAAGACAUCUCUCUGGCUCUUCUGGCUUUUAAUUCUCUGUUGAGAAGUUUGGUAUAAUUCUGAUUGUUCUGUCUUUAUAUGUAAUAUGUUACUUGCCUCUUUCUCCUUGUGGCUUUUUAAUUUUCUCUCUUUGUUUUGGGGAUUUAAUGUUUUGGUUAUUAUGUAGCUGGAGGAUUUAUUUUCUGACACAGUAAACUCUUAUUUGUACUGUAAGCUUCUUGUGUGUAUGUAGGCAUCUUUUUCUUGAGGUUUGGGAUGUUUUCUUCUAUGAUGUUGUUGAAGAUAUUUUCUGGGCCUUUCAUCUGGGAAUCUUCUUCUCCUGUUCCUAUUUUUCUUAAGUUUGGCCCUGAUUCCACAUCCAGCCUAUCAGGCUGUGCCUUUUUAAUGGGGAAGAUGAGUUCACUGAUAUUGAGAGAUAUUAACAACAAAUGAGUGUUAAUUCCUGCCAUUCUCAUUUUGUGAAUGAGUGAUUAUUAUUUAUUUUUGUUAACACCAAUCAAUUUGGUGUUCUGUAAGGUUCCUCUAAGUUCAUAGGCAUUCUUCCUUUAUGUUGUAUAAAUUUCCUUCUAUGAUUUUGUUGAACAUGUGUUCUCAUCUUUGGAGCUGGUACUCUCUUCACUUUUGAACAAUUCCUAUUAUCCUUAGUACAAAAUUUCACAGUGUCUCAGACUACCUGAAUAUUUUGAGUCAGUAACUUUUUAGGUGAUAUUUUCUUUGGUUGACGUAUUAAUUUCUUUGAGUAUAUCAUGUAUGCCUGAGAUCAUCUCUUCCAAUUCUUUUAUUGUGUUGGCUGUGCUUCUGUUCUUGUUCUCUUUUGGAGUAUUUCUGUCUCCAAGGUUCCAUCAUUUUGGGUUGCCUUUAUUGCUUCUUUAAUCAUUUGCAGGUGUUGACAUAUUUUAUUCAUUUUGCUCACCUGUUUGAUUGUAUUUUCCUGUAUAUUUUAAGGGAUUUGAUAAUUUCUCCUUUAAAUUCCUCUAUCAUAUUCAUAAGAUUGGAUUCAAUGUCAUUUUAUUGUGUUUUGAUUUUAUUCGCAUAUCCAGGUCUUGAUGUAGUAGGAUAGCUGGGCUCCAGGUGUGUUAUAUUGUUUUGUUCUUGUUGAGUGUAUUCUCAUGCUGGCCUUUAGCCAACUCUUUAUCCAUGGGUGUUUACUGGUGCAAGAGUCAUGAAGUGGGCUCUGGGUUUUUCUCUUUUUAGGGGUUAGGUUAAGAUAUGGUCUCACUAAAUUGUAGCUUUCUUUGUCUAAGGAAUCACAGUGAUCCAUAUGCUUUUGCUUCCUCAGUGUUGGGAUUCAUGUUGUGCGCCACCAGACCCAAUCUGUUAUUCUUUCAAGAAUCAUUAGCCCAGAGUAAAAGGAAUCACAGUUGAUUGUUUUUAUACUAGUAAGGAUUGGGUUUUCUGUCAUUCUGAGAGAGUUCAGUUAGGAUCAUCACAAUUGUUCACGGGUAUUUAUUUCUAGACAUUGAUGUUUGAUAAAUUACUGCCAUCUUUGAUUUGAAAUAUACAGGGAAUGGAUUGGUUCUAAGUGACGUAAUUGGCUACAAAUGAAUAUUUACUCUAGAGUACUCAAUAGAUUGUUCUCAUAGACAUUGAUACUAAAAAUGAGUUUCAUAAUUUUAUUUGUAAUAUUCUUCUAUACUUGUAAUAAUACACAUUUUGUUUUUAUUUUCAGAAGUCUUGUUUUUUAAAGAUGAAAGGCCUUUGUCCUGGUAAGGCUUAACAGUACAUUAGUACUAGAGGAGUGCAAAGAUAAAAAGCAAAUUCUUUUUGGGUAUACUUUGAGACUUGUGUCUUACAGGUCCCACAGUAUUCUGAAUAUAAUUUUAGCCUAAAAUUUGUUCAGUGUACUUUAUAUGAAUGUGAAAAGUAUGCUCACAAGUAUGCCAUUUCCAAGAAAAAACUAUGCAGUUUUUAAAAAGAGCCUGCUAGGAUUAUCUCUGCAAGUUAAUGUCCACUUAAGAUUCUUCAGCUUUUCAAAGCCUUACUAAAUUGUAUUUGUGGACUAAGACCCACACUCAUAGUUAUCAUUUCAGGCAUUCAUCUCUCUGACACGGUACAUAAUGUGGGAUGAUUCUCAGUUGUCAGUCAUUACUACAAGAUGGCAAGCAUUUCUUUCCUCCUUUGACACCAGCUAUGAAGGCAAAGGAACUUUUUGUCAGGUGUAGCAUAUAUCAUAUAUCUUAGAAGAAACCCAUGAGUUGCAGUCCAUCCAAUGAAAGGCUGAGAUUCCAUGAAGGUGGAUAUUAACAUUUCUCACUUUACAUUUAUAGGUUGUUAUGGCUAUUCUUAAGGGAUGGAUAUAUACUGGUUUGUGUGUGUCUAGAUGAACUAACUAUAUCUUACCUAAGUGGGUGGUUUAUGUCCUUAUCAAUUGGUUGUAAGUUGAUUGUGCAAAUGUACUGUUCAUUAAGUAAUUAACAUAUGACUCUGGGUUACAGUUGCUGGGUUACAGUUUGUUGAGUCAUGACUUCACUGGAUUGUUGGGAGUGUGAGAAGAGUCUGUGACAGGAAGCGGUGCUAGGCUAUGGAAUGCUUGGGGCUAGCUUGGCAUGUGGCCACACUAGCAUGGCCCACAGAACAACCCGCUAUGGAGACAGUGUGUGAAAAUGGAUGACAGAGAAACAUCUAGAGCAUGUGAUUGCACCUGGCAUGGGAACUCAUGGGAACCAGUCAUUCACCUUUUAAUUAUUCCACAAGACCCAUGUCUUCCUGAAAGCUCCACCCAUCAAAUAUCCAUUCAUAUGAUCAGUUUUCCACAAGAAUGGAUCCUUUGAAUCUCAAUAGAUUAGCUGAAUGUAUAGAACUAAGUGACCAUGUGACUAUUAUUUAUCUCUCUAUAAAGGAGGUUUUUGCCUUCCAUAUCAGUUGGACAUGAACAUACAGGUGAAGGCCCAUCCAUUCCUGUCCAGGAUGCUAGGUUAGACACUGGUUUGGUAGAAAAUUAAAAGGUGUAUUUCAAGCUCAUUCUGUGCUCAUUAGGAUUACUUACCUCCACAAGAGAGGACAAUUAUGUUGUUCUCUUUAUUUGGGCUCUGCAUCAGGAAAUCAUUUUAUAAAUACUAUCACAUGACUUAUUCCCUCCAUGUUUAAGAUUCCCUAAAUCAUACAAGCUAAUGUCAAAAUCAAGAUUCAAACUUUUCCAUACUAAAACUGUUCAAAGACUCCUUGCAAAAUAUGCAUGUUAACUUAUACUUGGAAGUGCAAACAGUUUCACAGUCUCAAUGCAAUUAGUCUUAUUGUUCUUUGUUUCUGUUAUUACCUUAUUAUGUUCAUAAAAAUGGAUAAAUGGCACAGAAACAGGCAGAUUGUGACUUCGGGAUUCAUUCAUGCGUGUGUUAAGAAGGAGCAGCUUGAACAUUACAAAUGCAGUGGUGGGUUUUGAAGAGCUCUAGCAGCAACAGAAAUCUAUUUGAUGUUCGACAAGCAAACCACUUGGGUGGUACCAUCAUAGAUAGUGAAAUAUUCACAAAGUAUCAUGGGAAUAGGUGCCUUACUGCAUCAGGGGCAAAGACUGUUAUGAUUAAUGUAGUCAGGGGACUAAUUCCAUUGCAUCUAUAGAUUAAAAAUAUCACUCGGUAUAGCUAUGAGAGCAAAAGCUAGAGAGGUGGUUGUGUGUAUAUAUGUAUCUGUAUAAUGGUUUCAUUGGGCUAAUUUUUGGGCCUAAUUUCCUUCCCUUUCUUCUACAUGGGGAAAAGUUGGAAGUAAAGUAUUCCCAGACAUACUCAACUGGUUAAAGAACAAAUGAAUAGCUUUUUAAAACAAUUUAUAAUGUAAUAUAAGUUAGAAAAUCAAGCAAGAAGUAAUCCAAUGCAUUGGAUUAAUGUUUAGUAUGAAUAUUAACAUAACAUUCUUAAAAUACACCACAGUGGAGUAAGACCACCAGGACAGCUAAAAUCCAUUUUGAAAAACUCUAACCGGCAUAAUUCAGAAGCUGGUAAGAGACUUACAGGAACAUCACCAUGGUGUGUGAAUGUGGAUAAUGUCAGCUCUACCUCCUCUGUGAAGGGAGAAUCGGGAAGAAAAUUCCAUAUAAUACCUAAGAAGAUCCAAAAUAUUUUUAGAAAAUCUGGAGUUUAUGUGUCUUCUCGGGUAGACCCAAUUCUUGAAGUAUGGGAAGAAAAUACAUCUGCAACAGUAAUCCCCACUGAUGAUGAAAAAUAUGAAACAGAUAAUUUCUAUGCGGUGUCUUCUGAGCAUAGAAAUUCUAUUCCUAAGGCUACUGCUGAUCGUGAAGCUUCCACCUCUACUGCUGACAGCCUGGAUGCUGCCGAGCCUGACCCAACAAAUUCUACAAAUGCUACUGACUGUCUGGCUGCUCUUGAGCGUGAGCUGACUAAUUCCAACAACACUGCUGACUGUCUGGCUGACCUUGAGCCUGAUCCGACGAUUUCUACCAAUGCCGCUGACUUUCAGGCUGCUGUUGCACCAGAGCCAACUAUGUCCACCCACCCUGCUGACUGUCUGCCUGAUGUGGAACCAGAGCCAACUAUGUCCACCCACCCUGCUGACAUUCUGGCUGCUCUUGAGCCUGAGCUGACUACUUUCAACAACACUGCUGACUGUCUGGCUGACCUUGAGCCUGAGCCAAACAUGUCCACCCACCCUGCUGAUAGUCUGCCUGAUGUGGAACCAGAGCCAACUAUGUCCACCCACCCUGCUGACACUCUGGCUGCUCUUGAGCCUGAACUGACUAAUUCCAACAACACUGCUGACUGUCUGGCUGACCUUGAGCCUGAUCCGACGAUUUCUACCAAUGCCGCUGACUUUCAGGCUGCUGUUGCACCAGAGCCAACUAUGUCCACCCACCCUGCUGACUGUCUGCCUGAUGUGGAACCAGAGCCAACUAUGACCACCCACCCUGCUGACACUCUGGCUGCUCUUGAGCCUGAGCUGACUACUUUCAACAACACUGCUGACUGUCUGGCUGACCUUGAGCCUGAGCCAAACAUGUCCACCCACCCUGCUGACAGUCUGCCUGAUGUGGAACCAGAGCCAACUAUGUCCACCCACCCUGCUGACACUCUGGCUGCUCUUGAGCCUGAGCUGACCAAUUUCAACAACACUGCUGACUGUCUGGCUGACCUUGAGCCUGAUCCGACUAUUUCUACCAAUGCCGCUGACUUUCAGGCUGCUGUUGCACCAGAGCCAACUAUGUCCAACUACCCUGCUGACUGUCUGCCAGAUGUGGAACCAGAGCCAACUAUGUCCACCCACCCUGCUGACACUCUGGCUGCUCUUGAGCCUGAGCUGACUAAUUCCAACAACACUGCUCACUGUCUGGCUGACCUUGAGCCUGAUCCGACGAUUUCUACCAAUGCCGCUGACUUUCAGGCUGCUGUUGCACCAGAGCCUGCUAUGUCCACCUACCCUGCUGACUGUCUGCCAGAUGUGGAACCAGAGCCAACUAUGUCCACCCACCCUGCUGACACUCUGGCUGCUCUUGAGCCUGAGCUGACUAAUUCCAACAACACUGCUGACUGUCUGGCUGACCUUGAGCCUGAUCCGACGAUUUCUACCAAUGCCGCUGACUUUCAGGCUGCUGUUGCACCAGAGCCUGCUAUGUCCACCAACCCUGCUGACAGUAUGGCAGCUGUUGAGCCUGAGCCGACUAUGUCCACCCACCCUGCUGACAUUCUGACUGCUGAUGAGCCUGAACAUAAUAAUUCUACCAAAGCUGCUGACUGUCUGGCUGACCUUGAGCCUGAGCCAAACAUGUCCACCCACCCUGCUGACAGUCUGCCUGAUGUGGAACCAGAGCCAACUAUGUCCACCCACCCUGCUGACACUCUGGCUGCUCUUGAGCCUGAGCUGACCAAUUUCAACAACACUGCUGACUGUCUGGCUGACCUUGAGCCUGAUCCGACUAUUUCUACCAAUGCCGCUGACUUUCAGGCUGCUGUUGCACCAGAGCCAACUAUGUCCACCCACCCUGCUGACUGUCUGCCUGAUGUGGAACCAGAGCCAACUAUGUCCACCCACCCUGCUGACACUCUGGCUGCUCUUGAGCCUGAGCUGACUAAUUCCAACAACACUGCUGACUGUCUGGCUGACCUUGAGCCUGAUCCGACUAUUUCUACCAAUGCCGCUGACUGUCGGGCUGCUGUUGCACCAGAGCCCGCUAUGUCCACCAACCCUGCUGACAGUAUGGCAGCUGUUGAGCCUGAGCCGACUAUGUCCACCCACCCUGCUGACAUUCUGACUGCUGACGAGCCUGCACAUAAUACUUGUACCAAAGCUGCUGACUGUCUGGCUGACCUUGAGCCUGAGCCAAACAUGUCCACCCACCCUGCUGACAGUCUGCCUGAUGUGGAACCAGAGCCAACUAUGUCCAAGCACCCUACUGACACACUGGCUGCUCUUGAGCCUGAGUCGACUAAAUCCUCCAAUGCUGCUGACUGUCUGGCCUAUGUUGAGCCAGAGCCAGCUAUGUCCACCCACCGUGCCGACAGUCUGGCUGCUCUUGAGCAUGAGCUGUCUCAUGCCAACAAAGAUGCUGACUGUCUGGCUUCUCUCAAGGCUGAGCUGAUUAAUUCCACCAAUGCUACUGAUUGUCUGGCUUCUGUUGGGACUGAGACAACCAUGUCCACCCAGCCUACUGACAAUUUGGCAGCUGUUGAGCCUGAACAUAAUUCCACCAAUACUGCUGACGGUAAGGACUCUGUUGAACAAGAGCCAUCUAAGCCCACCUACCGUGCCGACAGUCUGGCUGCUCUUGAGCAUGAGCUGACUAAUUCCAACAACACUGCUGACUGUCUGGCUUCUCAGAAGGCUGAGUCAAUUGAUUCUACCAAUGCUACUGAUUGUUUGGCUUCUGUUGGAACUGAGACAACUAUGUCCACCCACCCGGCUGACAAUAUGGCUACUGAUGAGCUUGAGGCUACACAUUCCACCAAUGCUGCUUACUUUCUGGCCGCUCUUGAGCCCCAGUCGACUAAUUCCUCCAAUGCUGCUGAUAUUCUGGCUUCUGUUGGGUCUGAGACAACCAUGUCUACCCACCUUGCUGAUAUUCCUAUUGCUCAUGAGCCUGACUAUAAUGAUUCUACCAAUGCUGCUGACAGUCUGGACUCCGUUGAGCCAGAGCCAGCUAUGUCCACCCACCGUGCCAACAGUCUGGCUGCUCUUGAGCAUGAGCUGUCUCAUGUCAACAAAGAUGCUGACUGUCUGGCUUCUCUCAAGGCUGAGCUGAUUAAUUCCAUCAAUGCUACUGAUUGUCUGGCUUCUGUUGGGACUGAGACAACCAUGUCCACCCAGCCUACUGACAGUUUGGCAGCUGUUGAGCCUGAACAUAAUUCCACCAAUGCUGCUGACGGUCUGGACUCUGUUGAACAAGAGCCAGCUAAGCCCACCCACCGUGCCGACAGUCUGGCUGCUCUUGAGCAUGAGCUGACUAAUUCCAACAACACUGCUGACUGUCUGGCUUCUCAGAAGGCUGAGUCAAUUGAUUCUACCAAUGCUUCUGAUUGUUUGGCUUCUGUUGGGACUGAGACAACUAUGUCCACCCACCCUGCUGACAAUAUGGCUACUGAUGAGCUUGAGCCUACACAUUCCACCAAUGCUGCUUACUGUCUGGCUGCUCUUGAGCCUGAGUCGACUAAAUCCUCCAGUGCUGCUGACUGCCUGGCCUAUGUUGAGCCAGAGCCAGCUAUGUCCACCCACCGUGCCGACAGUCUGGCUGCUCUUGAGCAUGAGCUGUCUCAUGCCAACAAAGAUGCUGGCUGUCUGGCUUCUCUCAAGGCUGAGCUGAUUAAUUCCACCAAUGCUACUGAUUGUCUGGCUUCUGUUGGGACUGAGACAACCAUGUCCACCCAGCCUGCUGACAGUUUGGCAGCUGUUGAGCCUGAGCCUACAAUUUCCACCAGAGCUGCUGAUUUUCUGGCUACUGUUCUGCCAGAGCUAACUAGGUCAAACCACCCUGCUGACUGUCUGGACUCUGUUCAGCCUGAGUCAUCUAUGUCCACACACCCUGCUGAUAAUAUGGCUACUGAUGAGCUUGAGCCUACAAAUUCGACCAACGCUGCUUACUGUCUGGCUGCUCUUGAGCCUGAGUCGACUAAAUCCUCCAAUGCUGCUGACUGUCUGGCCUAUGUUGAGCCAGAGCCAGGUAUGUCCACCCACCGUGCCGACAGUCUGGCUGCUCUUGAGCAUGAGCUGUCUCAUGCCAACAAAGAUGCUGACUGUCUGCCUUCUCUCAAGACUGAGCUGAUUAAUUCCAUCAAUGCUACUGAUUUUCUGGCUUCUUUUGGGACUGAGACAACCAUGUCCACCCAGCCUACUGACAGUGUGGCAGCUGUUGAGCCUGAACAUAAUAGUUCCACCAAUGCUGCUGAUGGUCUGGGCUCUGUUGAACAAGAGCCAGCUAAUCCCACCCACCGUUCCAACAGUCUGGCUGCUCUUGAGCAUGAGCUGACUAAUUCCAACAACACUGCUGACUGUCUGGCUUCUCAGAAGGCUGAGUCAAUUGAUUCUACCAAUGCUACUGAUUGUUUGGCUUCUGUUGGGACUGAGACAACUAUGUCCACCCACCCUGCUGACAAUAUGGCUACGGAUGAGCUUGAGCCUACACAUUCCACCAAUGCUGCUUACUUUCUGGCCGCUCUUGAGCCCCAGUCGACUAAUUCCUCCAAUACUGCUGAUAUUCUGGCUUCUGUUGGGUCUGAGACAACCAUGUCUACCCACCUUGCUGAUAUUCCUAUUGCUCAUGAGCCUGACUAUAAUGAUUCUACCAAUGCUGCUGACAGUCUGGACUCCGUUGAGCCAGAGCCAGCUAUGUCCACCCACCAUGCCGACAGUCUGGCUGCUCUUGAGCAUGAGCUGUCUCAUGCCAACAAAGCUGCUGACUGUCUGGCUUCUCUCAAGGCUGAGCCAACCAUGUCCACCCAGCCUGCUGACAGUUCGGCAGCUGUUGAGCCUGAGCCUACAAUUUCCACCAGAGCUGCUGAUUUUCUGGCUACUGUUCUGCCAGAGCUAACUAGGUCAAACCACCCUGCUGACUGUCUGGACUCUGUUCAGCCUGAGUCAUCUAUGUCCACACACCCUGCUGAUAAUAUGGCUACUGAUGAGCUUGAGCCUACAAAUUCGACCAACGCUGCUUACUGUCUGGCUGCUCUUGAGCCUGAGUCGACUAAAUCCUCCAAUGCUGCUGACUGUCUGGCCUAUGUUGAGCCAGAGCCAGGUAUGUCCACCCACCGUGCCGACAGUCUGGCUGCUCUUGAGCAUGAGCUGUCUCAUGCCAACAAAGAUGCUGACUGUCUGCCUUCUCUCAAGACUGAGCUGAUUAAUUCCAUCAAUGCUACUGAUUUUCUGGCUUCUUUUGGGACUGAGACAACCAUGUCCACCCAGCCUACUGACAGUGUGGCAGCUGUUGAGCCUGAACAUAAUAGUUCCACCAAUGCUGCUGAUGGUCUGGGCUCUGUUGAACAAGAGCCAGCUAAUCCCACCCACCGUUCCAACAGUCUGGCUGCUCUUGAGCAUGAGCUGACUAAUUCCAACAACACUGCUGACUGUCUGGCUUCUCAGAAGGCUGAGUCAAUUGAUUCUACCAAUGCUACUGAUUGUUUGGCUUCUGUUGGGACUGAGACAACUAUGUCCACCCACCCUGCUGACAAUAUGGCUACGGAUGAGCUUGAGCCUACACAUUCCACCAAUGCUGCUUACUUUCUGGCCGCUCUUGAGCCCCAGUCGACUAAUUCCUCCAAUACUGCUGAUAUUCUGGCUUCUGUUGGGUCUGAGACAACCAUGUCUACCCACCUUGCUGAUAUUCCUAUUGCUCAUGAGCCUGACUAUAAUGAUUCUACCAAUGCUGCUGACAGUCUGGACUCCGUUGAGCCAGAGCCAGCUAUGUCCACCCACCAUGCCGACAGUCUGGCUGCUCUUGAGCAUGAGCUGUCUCAUGCCAACAAAGCUGCUGACUGUCUGGCUUCUCUCAAGGCUGAGCCAACCAUGUCCACCCAGCCUGCUGACAGUUCGGCAGCUGUUGAGCCUGAGCCUACAAUUUCCACCAGAGCUGCUGAUUUUCUGGCUACUGUUCUGCCAGAGCUAACUAGGUCAAACCACCCUGCUGACUGUCUGGACUCUGUUCAGCCUGAGUCAUCUAUGUCCACACACCCUGCUGAUAAUAUGGCUACUGAUGAGCUUGAGCCUACAAAUUCGACCAACGCUGCUUACUGUCUGGCUGCUCUUGAGCCUGAGUCGACUAAAUCCUCCAAUGCUGCUGACUGUCUGGCCUAUGUUGAGCCAGAGCCAGGUAUGUCCACCCACCGUGCCGACAGUCUGGCUGCUCUUGAGCAUGAGCUGUCUCAUGCCAACAAAGAUGCUGACUGUCUGCCUUCUCUCAAGACUGAGCUGAUUAAUUCCAUCAAUGCUACUGAUUUUCUGGCUUCUUUUGGGACUGAGACAACCAUGUCCACCCAGCCUACUGACAGUGUGGCAGCUGUUGAGCCUGAACAUAAUAGUUCCACCAAUGCUGCUGAUGGUCUGGGCUCUGUUGAACAAGAGCCAGCUAAUCCCACCCACCGUUCCAACAGUCUGGCUGCUCUUGAGCAUGAGCUGACUAAUUCCAACAACACUGCUGACUGUCUGGCUUCUCAGAAGGCUGAGUCAAUUGAUUCUACCAAUGCUACUGAUUGUUUGGCUUCUGUUGGGACUGAGACAACUAUGUCCACCCACCCUGCUGACAAUAUGGCUACGGAUGAGCUUGAGCCUACACAUUCCACCAAUGCUGCUUACUUUCUGGCCGCUCUUGAGCCCCAGUCGACUAAUUCCUCCAAUACUGCUGAUAUUCUGGCUUCUGUUGGGUCUGAGACAACCAUGUCUACCCACCUUGCUGAUAUUCCUAUUGCUCAUGAGCCUGACUAUAAUGAUUCUACCAAUGCUGCUGACAGUCUGGACUCCGUUGAGCCAGAGCCAGCUAUGUCCACCCACCAUGCCGACAGUCUGGCUGCUCUUGAGCAUGAGCUGUCUCAUGCCAACAAAGCUGCUGACUGUCUGGCUUCUCUCAAGGCUGAGCCAACCAUGUCCACCCAGCCUGCUGACAGUUCGGCAGCUGUUGAGCCUGAGCCUACAAUUUCCACCAGAGCUGCUGAUUUUCUGGCUACUGUUCUGCCAGAGCUAACUAGGUCAAACCACCCUGCUUACUGUCUGGACUCUGUUCAGCCUGAGUCAUCUAUGUCCACACACCCUGCUGAUAAUAUGGCUACUGAUGAGCUUGAGCCUACAAAUUCGACCAACGCUGCUUACUGUCUGGCUGCUCUUGAGCCUAAGUCGACUAAAUCCUCCAAUUCUGCUGACUGUCUGGCCUAUGUUGAGCCAGAGCCAGGUAUGUCCACCCACCGUGCCGACAGUCUGGCUGCUCUUGAGCAUGAGCUGUCUCAUGUCAACAAAGAUGCUGACUGUCUGGCUUCUCUCAAGGCUGAGCUGAUUAAUUCCAUCAAUGCUACUGAUUGUCUGGCUUCUGUUGGGACUGAGACAACCAUGUCCACCCAGCCUACUGACAGUUUGGCAGCUGUUGAGCCUGAACAUAAUUCCACCAAUGCUGCUGACGGUCUGGACUCUGUUGAACAAGAGCCAGCUAAGCCCACCCACCGUGCCGACAGUCUGGCUGCUCUUGAGCAUGAGCUGACUAAUUCCAACAACACUGCUGACUGUCUGGCUUCUCAGAAGGCUGAGUCAAUUGAUUCUACCAAUGCUUCUGAUUGUUUGGCUUCUGUUGGGACUGAGACAACUAUGUCCACCCACCCUGCUGACAAUAUGGCUACUGAUGAGCUUGAGCCUACACAUUCCACCAAUGCUGCUUACUGUCUGGCUGCUCUUGAGCCUGAGUCGACUAAAUCCUCCAGUGCUGCUGACUGCCUGGCCUAUGUUGAGCCAGAGCCAGCUAUGUCCACCCACCGUGCCGACAGUCUGGCUGCUCUUGAGCAUGAGCUGUCUCAUGCCAACAAAGAUGCUGGCUGUCUGGCUUCUCUCAAGGCUGAGCUGAUUAAUUCCACCAAUGCUACUGAUUGUCUGGCUUCUGUUGGGACUGAGACAACCAUGUCCACCCAGCCUGCUGACAGUUUGGCAGCUGUUGAGCCUGAACAUAAUAAUUCUACCAAUGCUGCUGACGGUCUGGACUCUAUUGAACAAGAGCCAGCUAUGCCCACCCCCCCUUUCCGACUGUCUGGCUGCUCUUGAGCAUGAGCUGUCUCAUGCCAAUAAAGCUGCUGACUGUGUGGCUUCUCUCAAGGCUGAGCCAACCAUGUCCACCCAGCCUGCUGACACUUUGGCAUCUGUUGAGCCUGAGCCUACUUUUUCCACCAAAGCUGCUGAUUGUCUGGCUACUGUUCAGCCUGAGCUAACUAGGUCAAACCACCCUGCUGACUGUCUGGAUUCUGUUCAGCCUGAGUCAUCUAUGUCCCCACACCCUGCUGACAGUUUGGUAGCUAUUGAGCCUGAACUGACUAAUUCCACCAAAGCUGCUGACUGUCUGGACUCUGCUGAGCCAGAGCCAACUAUGGCCACCCACCAUGCUGACAUUCUGACUGCUGUUGAGCCUGAACAUACUAAUUGCUCCAGUACUGCUGACUGUCUGCCUGCUGUUCAGCCUGAGUCCAGUAUGUCCACCCACCCUGCUGACAGUAUGGCUGCUAUUGAUGCUGAGCCUACAGAUCCUGCCAUUGUUGCUGACUGUCUGGCUGCUCUUGAACCUCGGCUGUCUGUUACAUGUGCUGCUGACAGUAGUGUGUUAGUUGAGAGUCAUGACUCAGGACCAGCUAGUCACAUUGGAUUGGAUUAUGUAGUUGAUUUACCUCUUUACAAGGAGAGUACAAGUGAAGAAGAAAUAUUUGAUUCUGCUACUUCAGAUGAGGAAUCUUCUUUUACUCCUGACGUAGAAGAAGGUCUGCCUGCUACUCAGGGUGCUGAGGAUAUUUUUCAUGCUUCCGCACGAGCUGAACCAAUAAACCACAGCUUGAUCCUUCUCAGGGAGAGUGGAUAUCUUCGGGCAACAGAGAUACCACGCAUACCUUUUUUGCUCUUCAUAUGGCUUAUAUCCUCACUCUUAUCCAUCAUAACAUGGAUGAAAAUCCAAAUUCAACAAGCAUGGCAUGAAGAAAAUGGCCAAGGAGCUCCCACUAAGAAGAGAGUCGGACCAGGUAAGUUAAACUAAAAUAGUAGCUUAAAAUAGAUUAAGAUUGUUUUACUAGAAACCUAGGUCUCUUUUGUUAAUAAAUUUCAUACUUCUAUAGGGCUAUUUACGCAUAACCUAGAACCUGAAAACUUUAUUUUUUCUCAAUUUAUAGAAAAUAAUUUUCAUAAUGUAACAAAUCCAGUUUAGAGAAAUACAACUGACCAGGUGAUAUUUUUUCCUACUUGGAUGUUUCCUAUUCUAGAAUGAGGAGAUUAUUGUCACUUCCAGUGAAAACAUGUGUUUCCUGAAUGACUAAGCCGGGAAAACUUCCUGUUAAAUGUUAUUGUCUAUUUAUCGCUGUCAUUCUGAACUCUGACUUCUGAAGUUAGCAUAGCCUUUGACCGCAACAUUCCAAAAGAAGCAACUUCUGAGAUUAAAAAUAACAAGAGAAGCAUCCACCUUCUCACUGUUUCUCUCUACAUUGAUAUGUCUACAUUGAUAUCUACAUGAAUAUGACACUGAUGUUGUUGAUGCUGGGCAUGACAAUAUCACCAGAGAUGUGCCUGAUGAUACUGUUAAUAAUUCUUCUUUUUCUUCUAGUGGCUGCGGCUCCUGAUCCCUAGACCCUUGAUGCUCCUCCAGGAUCGAUUGGAAUAUCAAAACACAGUCUGUGUGGGAGAAUUGAUCAUAUAUAUAAAUUUUAAAAUAAAAUGUUCAGUCUGAUUGUAGACUGAAGUAAAAAU